GAGUGUGAGGGCCGUGUGUGCAGUAGUGAGUGUGAGGGCUGUGUGCGCGGUAGUGAGUGUGAGGACGGUGUGCGCUGUAGUGAGUGUGAGGACCGUGUGCGCGGUAGUGAGUGUGAGGACGGUGUGCGCGGUAGUGAGUAUGAGGGCUGUGUGCACGGUAGUGAGUGUGAGGACGGUGUGCGCGGUAGUGAGUGCGAGGACGGUGUGCGCUGUAGUGAGUGUGAGGGCGGUGUGCACGGUAGUGAGUGUGAGGACGGUGUGCGCGGUAGUGAGUGUGAGGGCUGUGUGCACAGUAGUGAGUGUGAGGACGGUGUGCGCGGUAGUGAGUGCGAGGACGGUGUGCGCUGUAGUGAGUGUGAGGGCGGUGUGCACGGUAGUGAGUGUGAGGACGGUGUGCGCUGUAGUGGGUGUGAGGACGGUGUGCGCGGUAGUGAGUGUGAGGGCCGUGUGCGCGGUAGUGAGUGUGAGGGCCGUGUGUGCAGUAGUGAGUGUGAGGGUGGUGUGCGCGGUAGUGAGUGUGAGGGUCGUGUGCGCGGUAGUGAGUGUGAGGGCUGUGUGCGCGGUAGUGAGUGUGAGGACGGUGUGCGCGGUAGUGAGUGUGAGGGCUGUGUGCGCGGUAGUGGGUGUGAGGACGGUGUGCGCGGUAGUGAGUGUGAGGACGGUGUGCGCGGUAGUGAGUGUGAGGACGGUGUGCGCUGUAGUGGGUGUGAGGACGGUGUGCGCGGUAGUGAGUGUGAGGGCCGUGUGCGCGGUAGUGAGUGUGAGGACGGUGUGCGCGGUAGUGAGUGUGAGGACGGUGUGCGCGGUAGUGAGUGUGAGGGCUGUGUGCGCGGUAGUGGGUGUGAGGACGGUGUGCGCGGUAGUGAGUGUGAGGACGGUGUGCGCGGUAGUGAGUGUGAGGACGGUGUGCGCUGUAGUGGGUGUGAGGACGGUGUGCGCGGUAGUGAGUGUGAGGGCCGUGUGCGCGGUAGUGAGUGUGAGGGCCGUGUGUGCGGUAGUGAGUGUGAGGGUGGUGUGCGCGGUAGUGAGUGUGAGGGCCGUGUGCGCGGUAGUGAGUGUGAGGGCUGUGUGCGCGGUAGUGGGUGUGAGGACGGUGUGCGCGGUAGUGGGUGUGAGGACGGUGUGCGCGGUAGUGAGUGUGAGGACGGUGUGCGCGGUAGUGAGUGUGAGGACGGUGUGCGCUGUAGUGGGUGUGAGGACGGUGUGCGCGGUAGUGAGUGUGAGGGCCGUGUGCGCGGUAUUGAGUGUGAGGGCCGUGUGUGCGGUAGUGAGUGUGAGGGUGGUGUGCGCGGUAGUGAGUGUGAGGGCCGUGUGCGCGGUAGUGAGUGUGAGGGCUGUGUGCGCGGUAGUGGGUGUGAGGACGGUGUGCGCGGUAGUGAGUGUGAGGACGGUGUGCGCAGUAGUGAGUGUGAGGACGGUGUGCGCAGUAGUGAGCGUGAGGGCUGUGUGUGCAGGCCGGACUCUGUUGGAGCGCUUCUCCCAGCAGCAGGACUCUGGAGAGCCGGAGGAGGUGGAGAAGGUGUGCUCCAGGAUCCUGGCCUUGGGCCUCCUGCUGCCCUUCAGCGGCUGCUUCAGAGACCCCGACAGCAGCGGACCGAUCGCGCCCGAGUUUGACACCGGUCAGCUGUACACAUGGGCAGCGGUCAGUCAGCCUCCUCCGUCUCUGGAGGGACACCUGAAGAACCUGUGGCCCCAGAACAGACCCGGAGCCCAGGACCGGCCCCAGCCCAAACACACAGAGGACGCGGUCGAGGAGCAGGAGGAGCAUCAGGCCGUCGUUUCAGACCUUAAAAAACAUCAGGAAGAAGAAAUCCAGCAAAUUGAGGAGGAGUCGGUGAUAAAGACUGUGCAUCUGAAGCAGGAGCACGUCUGCGUGAUCGAGCAGCUGGAGCAGACGAUCGAAGACCUGCGCUGUAAGAUCGCGGAGCUGGAGAAACAGCAGCCUCUGCUGGAGCGGGAGGUGCAGACACAAGACCAGGAGUGUGGAGGAGAGGAGCGUCUCCUCCCAGACGUCUGCCAUGUGGACCUGCAGACAGAAAUCACUGCGCUGCUGCCCCUGGAGGCCAAGUCAGUGCAGACGUCUCCUAUGGACGAGAGCUUUAGGUUUAAACUGCCUCCUGUGGAGGCGCAGGCACCGGGGAGGAGUGACUCCUCACUGCCAUCAGGAACUGAGAAUGCUUCUCAAGUGUUUGUGUGCAUGUGCCAGCAUCUGCCAGGCAUUUCAGUGCCUCCACCACCACCACCACCUCCUCCUCUAUCCGGGAUGUGUUCACCUCCUACUCCACCUCCGCUUCCAGGAAUGAGCACUCUUUCAGCACCACCUACUCUUCCAGGCAGUUCAUUUCCUCCUCCUUUACCAGGAAUGGAUGCGCCUCCUCCUGCGCCUCCUUUACCAGGAAUGGAUGCGCCUCCUCCUGCGCCUCCUUUACCAGGAAUGGGUGCGCCUCCUCCUCCACCUCCUUUACCAGGAAUGGGUGCGCCUCCUCCUCCACCUCCUUUACCAGGAAUGGAUGCGCCUCCUCCUCCACCUCCUUUACCAGGAAUUGUUGCGCCUCCACCUCCACCUCCUUUACCAGGAAUGGAUGCGCCUCCUCCUCCACCUCCUUUACCAGGAAUGGGUGCGCCUCCUCCUCCACCUCCUUUACCAGGAAUGGAUGCGCCUCCUCCUCCACCUCCUUUACCAGGAAUGGAUGCGCCUCCUCCUCCACCUCCUUUACCAGGAAUGGAUGCGCCUCCUCCUCCACCUCCUUUACCAGGAAUGGAUGCGCCUCCUCCUCCACCUCCUUUACCAGGAAUGGGUGCGCCUCCUCCUCCACCUCCUUUACCAGGAAUGGAUGCGCCUCCUCCUCCACCUCCUUUACCAGGAAUGGAUGCGCCUCCUCUUCCACCUCCUUUACCAGGAAUUCCGCUUCCUCUCUCAACUGCAGGAUCAGCACCUCCUCCUCCGGGUCCUCCACCCUUGGCUCCUGGUCCUCCUCUGGCCUUCGGUCUGGGUUCUCUGCCUCCUCCGCUCCCGCUGGGUCUGUACACAUUAGGAGCACUGCAGGAGAAACCGCCUCACAAAAGCUUGGUGGAGCCGCCGAGACCCAUGAAACCGCUGUACUGGACCCGGAUACAGCUGCACACCAAAAAGGAAUCUCAUGCUCUCGUGUGGGAGAAGAUCGAAGAGCCACCCGUGGAUUUUGAGGAGUUUGUUGAACUCUUCUCCAAAACUGCAGUGAAAGAGAAGAAGAAGCCCCUUUCGGACACGAUCAGCCGGUCAAAGACCAAGCAGGUGGUGAAGCUGCUGAACACCAAGCGUUCUCAGGCCGUGGGGAUCCUGAUGUCCAGUUUACAUCUCGACAUGAAGGACAUUCAGCACGCGAUCCUGAAUCUGGAUAACACUGUGGUUGAUCUGGAGACGUUACAGGCGCUCUACGAGAACAGAGCCCAGCAUGACGAGCUGGAGAAAAUCGAGAAACAGAUCAAAUCCUCAAAAGACAAAGGGGGAAGCAAAACUCUGGACAAACCUGAACAGUUUCUCCAUCAGCUCUCCCAGAUCCCUGAUUUCUCCGGACGAGUCUUCUGUAUUCUCUUUCAGUCGACCUUCACUGAAUGCAUUUCCUCUGUUCAGCGCAAACUCCAGAUUUUGCAGAGAGUCUGCAAGACUCUUCAGAGCGGCUCUGGGGUGCAGCAGGUUCUCGGUUUAGUUUUGGCUUUUGGGAACUUCAUGAACGGAGGGAAUCGCACCAGAGGACAGGCGGAUGGCUUCACGCUGGACAUUCUGCCCAAACUCAAGGAUGUCAAGAGCAGCGACAACAGUAAGAGUCUGAUGUCGUAUAUUGUGUCUUACUACCUGAGACACUUUGACGAGGUGAGAUUCAUGUAAGAUGCUCUCACUGAACAAUAUGCUCAAACAUCUUCAGAAACCUUUCAGUGUGUGUGUGUGUGUGUGUGUGUGUGUGUCUGACUGUGUGUGUGUGUGUGUGUGUGUGUGUGUCUGACUGUGUGUGUGUGUGUCUGACUGACUGUCUGUGUGUGUGUGUGUGUGUGUGUGUCUGACUGUGUGUGUGUGUGUCUGUCUGACUUGUUAAGUUUAAGACAUUAUAAAAUGUGUUAACGCACAUUAUACCUCUAUGCUGAAAACUGUUUAGUAUUUCACAUGCCAGUUUAUUGAAACUAAAAAGGGACUCUUAUUAUGAAGUUCCGGGCUGUGGGGUAGUUGUUGAACGUGCGUUGUGACGGAGUGGAGUAAAGAGGAAUAAAUGGAGAACAUUGAUUGAUUCAAAAGUGUUUUAUUUCGAGUAACAUUGGUAGCAGAGGAUGGUUAGCAACUACAGAGUACCCCCGACCUUUGAUGAAGGAAAACCCUAUGAAAGUUGGAAGAAUGAAGUCGCGAUUUGGACUAGAGUUACAGACCUCGAGAAAAAAAAGCAGGCGCUUGCUGUGGCUUUGGCGCUUUCGGGAAGAGCGAGAGAAACGGCGAUGGAAAUACCGGUAGACGAUCUGAAUAAGGACACUGGCAUGGACACUUUACUUACGAAACUCGAUGACUUGUUUCUUAAAGAAGAAAAGGACCAAGUU